AUGGCAUCCUCACCAGCCGCCGCCUCUGGUCUCCCAACGCCUUCGCAGUCGUCUCGACGAAAAGCAAACCCUUCCAUCACACCACGACGCUUCACCCGUUUCUGGUACCAGAGGCAAGCCCAGACCGAAGAGCUGCCAAAACCUAGGAGCAUCCUUGGCAACCUGGACUCGUCGGCCGUCAACCAUCGACAAUUUCUCUCGCCUCAAUCUCUCUUUAGCGACCCCAUUGCAUCCGAUCCCAUCUCUCCUCCGUCACCCACCAGCCGAUUGCAGGAUGAUUCAAGGAAACGAAAGCUUCAGGCCGGACAGGCUGAGCCCGACUUCAAGAGGCCUGCUCUCAACCUUGAGAAUAUGCCUCCACUCCGACUCAAUCUCCCAGGACAAGCAUCCCAGGAGAACGAUGUUACCUUGGCGGAUACUCCCACAAAGGCUCAAGAUGGUCAAGAGAGUCUCAACAGCCGUAGAAAAGCUACUCUGAGCGACUUCUUCAAGGCCAGCCGUGGCGGUGCUCAAGCAUUGAAGAAAAAGAAGAGCUCUGUCAGUUUCCAUAGCCCUGCUGACACGGUAGAGCCCAACGACCCACUGGAAGGAUACGCACCAAAACCGAUUAGGAAAUUUGGCAACCGAGGAUUCGAAGCUCAACUACUCAACCGCGAACAUGGAUUCGGAUAUCCCAAUGGCCAGACAUAUCUUCACACCCCAGCCUAUGACAUCCGAUCUGAGACGGCCAACUUUCACAGCCGCAGCACCGAUUAUCAUGAGUGUGUCGCCCGGGACAGACCUGGCAACACCAUCCCGUUCUGCCUUGCCAGCGCCAACAGUGCCCCAGUAACCGCCAUUGGUGAUGAGGAGGGUUGCGUGAGAUUCUUCAACACGACUUCAACCGACAAUCCCGCCGAGGACAAGGUUGAUGCUCACUUCCAAGUCCACGACAAUGCUAUCUGGGACAUGGCCUUCUCGAGGGACGACCUCCGCCUUGCAACAGCUUCUGGUGAAUCAGGCGUCAUCAUCGACACCAUUACACAGACCGUUGCAGCUAAGCUUGAGGGUGGUCACUGGGACUCAACACGUCAAAUUGCGUGGCAAAAGGGACAAACCACGGGCAACGUCCUGGCCACCUCGGACAAGGCUGGACGUAUUCGUCUGUGGGAUUUGCGAUGCCCCGAUGCCCGCAGCAAGAGCUUUUCGACCCGUUCCAGUUCCAGUGAAUCCAAGGGACGCCGGGUUGUCGUCGAGAGGGAUAGAAACCUCGACCCCUUCCGCGCGGCCACCCUCAACAUUCUCGACAGAACUCAUGAGCGUACCAUGGCGGGCAACACCUCGACCGCUUCCGUCACUGCCAUCCAAUGGCUUCCCGCUGACCGUGAGCACCUUCUCCUCUCAGCCUCUGAGGCUGAGGCUGUCGUCAAGCUCUGGGAUCUUCGACAUAUCAAACCUCGCCGCCAGGAGAAGAGCACCCCCUUGGCUUCCACCCGCGCGCCUACCUCGCACGCCUGGCGAUCCUACGGCAUUACUUCUCUAGCCCUCAGCAACGAUGCUGCUCGCAUGUACGCCGUCUGCAAGGAUAACACCGUUUACGCAUAUUCCACGGCCCAUCUGAUGCUCGGCCACGCCCCUGAACUCGAGGAUUUCGCUACGAAGCGUCGACCAACCGGUGUUGAGGGUCUCGGACCCCUCUACGGCUUCAAACACGACUCCUUCUCCGCCCGAACCUUUUACGUCAAGUGCAGCAUCCGCCAGAAGGGUCUCUCACACUCUUCCGACCUCCUCGCCGUUGGAAGCACCUCUUCGUCUGUCAUGCUCUUUCCCACCGACGAGCGCCAUCUUCGCUCGGCCUGUGGCCAGCGUGCCCAUGUCUUGGACUCUCCAAGCUCCGCCAUCACUCCCUCCCGCUCCUUCUCGGGCCCUGAGACCUCGUUCCCUAUUUUCCGUAUCGGCACUCCCCUCAUCCACGGACACUCAAGCGAGGUCACCAACGUCAGCUGGACGCACGAUGGCAAGCUUGUUAGUGCUUCUGACGACUACAUCGUGCGCCAGUGGCAGGAGAACGGUGAGCGCGCACGACACUACAGACAAGUUGGCGACUUUGGUGGUGAGCGUCACAUGGCAGGCUGGGCCGAUGUGGGCGACGACUGGGACGCCGAGGAUGAUGAAGAGUAG